AUGUUUGCUAGUGACCUAACUUUUGGUUUUUUCCUCUUAUCUGAAAUUUCCUUUGGGCUCACGGGAAAUUUAUUGUUUUUUGCAUUACAUAUGUACACCAUUUUGUUUCAACAUCAUCUGAGGAAGCCCAUAGAUGUUAUCUUCACACACCUGGCACUGGUCAAUGUUUUGACCAUCAUGUUCAGGUUGAUACCAGAUACCAUGUCAUCCUUUAGAGGUGGACAUUUGUUCAAUGAUGUGGGUUGUAAGACAGUUUUGUACAUCUACCGAGUUACCUGGAAUCUUUCCAUCUGCACUACUGCACUCCUAAGCACAUUUCAAGCCAUCACCAUCAGCCCCAGUAACUCUAAGUGGGCAUGGCUUAAAUGUAAAUUACCCUCCUGCAUCUUCCCUUCUUUCCUUUUCUUCUGGAUCAUCAACAUGCUGAUCUACAUCCAAGUCAUUGAAACUGUAAUAGCCAGCAGCAAUUCUUCCCUUGUUGUUUCUGGAUAUUCUCAAGAAUACUGUAAAGCUAAUGGAAUUAAUCAGCUUUCAUAUGUGAUUUUAAGUGCCAUGAUUGUUCAUGAUGUGCUCUUUGUGGUCCUCAUGAUGGAGACCAGCCUCUACAUGGUGCAUCUCCUCUGCAGGCACCACAGGAAAGCUCAGCAUGUCCACAGUAACAGACUGUCUUCCCAGCCAUCACCAGAAAACAAAGCCACCCACAGCAUCCUUUUCUUGGUGAGUUGCUUUGUGUUCUUUUAUUUCUCAAACAACUUCAUUACCUUCUACUUGUUGUUUGGACCUGAGAAAACACUGGGAUUUGAGAGAAUUACUGGAAUUCUUGCAUCAGGCUACCCCACCAUCUGUCCUUUUGUUCUAAUUAAGAAUAUAAAAAUUACUUGGACAUUUUUUUCCAUUUCAGACACUAAAUUUGUGUUCUCUCAAAGAGGACUCAGUGGCUGA